CAGGCUGCACGAUCAACUGAUGGACACACAGAAGCUCACUUGCUUUCUCUUUCACCGCACUGUAUCCUAUAUUUUUCUGAAAGGACAGUGUCGUGGAAUUGUCUUUGUGUUUUGUUGUUUGACUUUCCCGCAAGGUUAAACAGUCUUAGACUUCUUUCACCUCACCCGCUUGGAUCUUCUUUUUUCUCCUUUUGGGACGUUUCAUUCUUUUUUUCCUGCCUGAUUGCCUGCUCUGCUGUGAGCACAUCAACCUUUCCUUUCCCCCUACUCCUUUUCCUCUUCCUCCCAUCUUCCACUGUUCCCUGUCUCCUUGUGCGUAGUGUUUGGGGCUAUGCUGUCCUCACCCACUAUGAUUCUCCAGCCUUACGGACUGCCUGUCUACCCACAGACAACCGCAUGCUACCCCAGCCUAGUUCAGGGAGGUGCCACCCAGGAGGGCGGCCCCGGCAGCGGCGACCCUGCCCUGUCGCAGGUGUACGCCCAGCCUCCCUCUUACCCACCACCAGGUCAAGGUCCGCCAACAUCUGCGGGCAGACUGCCACCUCUGGACUUCAGCUCUGCACAUCCGGGUUCAGAGUACGAACAUCCCCAGCUCAGAGUCUAUCAGGGGCCUCAGCUCGACGGGUCAGAGACCCUGACAUCCAGCACCGCGGAGGAUGCUUUGGCCACUGUGAACUCUGACCCCCAGUCUCUGAGCGUGUCGGCGUCAUCAGGAGGUGGGGCAGGAAGUGGUAGUGACGAGGAAGGGUCAGGGAAGGCCCAACCGAAACGCCUCCACGUCUCCAACAUCCCGUUCCGGUUCAGAGACCCAGACCUCCGCCAGAUGUUUGGGCAAUUUGGCAAGAUCCUUGAUGUAGAAAUUAUCUUCAAUGAGAGGGGGUCUAAGGGCUUCGGAUUCGUUACCUUUGAGAGUGCAGCCGAGGCUGACCGCGCACGAGAAAAACUGAACGGGACAAUUGUGGAAGGGAGAAAGAUCGAGGUUAAUAAUGCCACUGCAAGAGUAGUGACCAAGAAGCCUCAGACACCUCUUGUAAAUGGUGAAAUGUCAACUUCUGGAUGGAAGAUCAACCCUGUCAUGGGAGCAAUGUACGCACCUGAGCUCUAUACAGUUGCCAGUUUUCCGUACCCAGUGGCGACUCCCACCUUGGCCUACCGGGGCUCUGCUCUGCGCGGUCGAGGUCGAGCCGUCUACAACACGAUUCGCUCGGCUGCAGCGACGCCUACAGCUGUACCCGCCUACCCCGGGGUUGUAUAUCAGGACGGACUGUAUGGAGCAGAAGUCUAUGGUGGAUUUCCAGCAGCGUACAGAAUGGCUCAGUCAGCAUCUGCUGCCACAGCGACCUACAGUGAUGGAUACGGACGGGUGUACACCACAGCUGCGGACCCCUAUCACCACUCGGUCGGACCGACGACGACAUAUGGAGUCGGUACAAUGGCCAGUUUGUACAGAGGAGGAUACAACCGCUUCACCCCGUACUGAGCCCCCCUGGCGGGGAAGGGUGGAGGCCCUCACGAACUCCGGGAUUGGCUGAUCCGUGGGCCCGCUGCAGGACAGGUUAUGAGAUCCUUAAACUGAAUGUGGAAACGGUUUGGCCUCCUGUCUCCAUCACGAGCUCUCCCCCAGAGACUGAACAGACUGACGUUGUAAAUACUGCAGCCACCAGCUGCUCUCCAUGAGGAAAACGUAGCACACAGAAGGGGAUGUUAUGUAAUAUAUAUAUAGACCAGUUGCCUUUAACGGAUUAUUGUUUUCUGAAUUUAAAGAGUAUUAAUGUUGGCGAACAGUACAGAGGAAGGUAGCUGGUGAAAAAUACUGUGAGAAAGACUUUUGUGAUUCAUAUUUGGGGUUUGUUUAGUUUUCACGGGUCAAACUGUACAAAGAAAAAUAACCUUUUGUACAAUGUUUAAUGACUUAUUUUCAAGUAUUUACUACAUCUGUGUUUGUGUGUGUGUGUGUGUGUGUGUGCGUGCGUGUGUGCGAGUGUGAGCAUAUGGGAGAGGUUAUGCAUCGACACUGUACCCAGAGACAGCUGUGACACUGGUAUCACUACUGCAAACACAGAACUAAUGUUUAUCCGGUGGUAGUUGGAAUUUCACGUUUUUUUUCUUUGUUUUUCUCCCUUUUUUUUGCCUUCUCUAACAAUCUACCUCUCACACAUUUUAAGCUUUUCACACAGCUGUCGUUAUCAAUCCCGAAUCCUUUCCUGUGUCUCUGAUCUUUAACUCUGCAGAGUCUUCUCUUUUUCUUCCUGUCCAUGAAUCCAAACUAGCGUAGUCUAGUUUCUGUGGCUCUGUACCUCACGACCUGAUGAGCCCGGUGCCCCAGUCCAGUGAUUUGUGUUUUUCUUUUCUUUCCUGUUCAACACUUCUUUUACUUGUGCUGAACCAGGGAAGUUUGAUUUCGACCGAGUUGCUUUUAACUCUGUUUUUAUUCCCACCUGGGACUUCUCCGCUGUCAGUACAGGAUAACAUCCCACUGUGUGCCAUUCUAUUCUACUAUUUUCUGUUCUAUUCUUCAUGUUGCCUUGUUCCACCCUUUUCCUGUAUCUUCUCUCUCUCUCUCUCUGCUGAACGACUCAUUGAGUUGCGUUGAUUAUUACUUCCUGGCUGUGUCUUUUGUUCCUGUUGCACUCUUUGCUGCCGAGCCUGACAUUUACACCUUUGAAUAAAACUGUUUUCUCUC